UGCAUGCGAUGGCUAUAAAAAGAGCAGCCGGGAGCUGUGGAGACAAUAGUUUCAUUGUCAGCGAACGUGUUUGUUAGUGGAAAAUGCCUGAUCCAGCAAAGUCAGCGCCAGCCGCGAAGAAAGGCUCUAAGAAAGCGGUGACUAAGACCCAGAAGAAAGAUGGAAAGAAGCGUAGGAAGAGCAGGAAGGAGAGUUACGCUAUUUACGUGUACAAAGUGCUGAAGCAGGUGCACCCGGAUACCGGCAUCUCUUCCAAGGCGAUGAGUAUCAUGAACUCCUUUGUCAACGACGUGUUCGAGCGCAUCGCAGGGGAAGCCUCCCGCCUGGCUCAUUACAACAAACGCUCCACCAUCACCUCCCGGGAGAUCCAGACCGCGGUCCGCCUGCUGCUGCCUGGGGAGUUGGCUAAACACGCCGUGUCCGAGGGCACCAAGGCUGUGACCAAAUACACCAGCGCCAAGUAACUGCUCCUUGUCCUGCUCUACUCCCAGCAACACAAAGGCUCUUCUAAGAGCCCC